ACGUACACUAUACGCUUAUACCCCUCCCCCCCUCUCUCUCCACAUCAGUCUCUCCAUCUCUCUCAAUCUCAAUUUCCGGGAGUUUUUCUUCAACUCUCAACAAUGGCCACGAUACCUCAUCAUCGUCAACAACAGCAACAACAUUUUCAUCAGCAAUCUAAAUCAUCAUUUAGAAAUCUAUUUGCAGUAGAUAAUCAGAUGCCUGACUCAACGAGUUUCGUUGAUCAAUCUCUCCCGCAGUACAUACCUAAUUAUAGCAGUGGUGAGGGUGGUGGUGGUGUUGAUCGAAGAUGGAUUGAUGGUUUUCAACCUAAGAAGAUGAGAUUGAUAAAAGAGGAGGAGUUGGAUACAAACAACAAUAACUUUCUGACUGGUUUAUUACCAAUGCGUUCUGUUCCAACGGGAUUAGGUUUAUCUUUGGAUGAUAAAAGUUCUGUAGAAUUUCAAUCUUCGUUGCUAUUGGAUGACUCGAUCAAUAAAGAAUUGCAGAGACAGGAUGCAGAAAUAGAUCACCUAAUCAAAGUUCAGGCGGAGCAGUUGAGGCAAACAAUCCAGAAGAAGGUUCACGCAAACCAGUUGCAAACUAUUUCUUUUGUUAAAGAAAGAAUCCUGCAAAAGCUUCGUGAAAAAGAAAUGGAGGUUGAGGAUGUAAACAAGAAGAACACUGAGCUCGAGGAGCAAAUAAGAGUGUUACUGGUAGAUGCAGGUAACUGGAAACAGCAAGCUAAGAGUAAUGAGAACAUGAUUACUGCCCUUAGGAUCAAUCUUCAGAAAGUGUCUGUACAAAACAGAGAUAGCAAAGAAGGGUGUGGUGACAGUGAAUUAGAUGACACGGCAUCAUUUUGCAAUGGCGGGACAAUAAACCAACUUGUUUGCAAGGAGAACAAAGGCGUGAAAAAGUUGAUGACCUGCAAAGUUUGUGGAUAUAAUGAAGCAUGCAUGUUGUUGUUGCCUUGCAGGCACUUAUGCUUGUGUAAAAAUUGCGAGAGUAAGGUAUGAUGAUGUGACCUUAUUGUUAUGGUUAAUGACGCGGUUGGAGCUGAUUCCAGUUUAUUCAUGAUUCUUCAGCGUAUUCAUAUAAAAUAAUUGAUGCCUAUACACGUUAAUAAUUGAGAUCAGCUUUGAUUCAAUAUCCAGUCAUCAAAGCACAAUUAACGUAAUGCACACUGUUGGGAGCUGUAGUUAAUGGUUUCAAAAAGCCCAUCUGCGGCCUGCUGCGCAUGUGUGCAUGAAUAAUUUACCUUUUUGAAAUUUCAAGGCCUAUUGGCACAGAAGGUCCUUAAAAAUGGGCAACGAGUUCAUUGGUGGAUGCAGAGCGUAGACUAGUGAAGAAAAUUGAUCGUCCGUCAUCCAAGACAAGUAUACUGUCCCAAAUAUUCUUUUGGGCCUUCAGCAGGAUUACCUCCAUUUGAUGAUAACCGCAGGAUCAAAGAUCAGAUGGCUCGAGCAUAUAGGCAUUGAACAGUUACAGAGUGGUGGUAGUGCCGUGGUGGUGGGGCUCUCCGUAGUUGGAACUGCCGAUGACUGAAAAAUACUGACAACCUGUGAGCCAAAGACUAUUCUCGAAAGGUUUUGUUGGGUCCAGACUCAUAUCUCAGGGACGAAGGUGGGUGGGGGAAAAGUGGUCAUCUGGUGUAAGUGGAUAGUGAAUUGAAAAUAUGUUUCCAUUAUAUUUAAGAAAACUACAAGAAAGAAGAGAUCACGAGCGUUUUCUAAUAAACAAAUCCAGUACAUUCAAACUCUGUCUCUCUCCAUGUCAGUCGCUGCACCCAUUUUCAUUUUUUUUGCAGUUUGUUAGUGCUGAGUGUAUAGAGAGAGAGGUUUGAACUUUGAAUUGGAAAUUUGGAAGUAGAAGAGAAGAGAAGAGAGGAGGGAAGGAAGGAAGGAAAGAACAAAGAAAGAUUUGGAAGAAGAUACUAUAUAUUUCAUACAUGGAGGAAGCACUUCAGCAGUAGUAGCAGCGAUAUGGAUAUUGGGACUUGAAACUGACACAGUGGACACACUAAUACAUAAAACUUCUAACUCAUAAUCACAUGCAUUAUUCGUCGUUACACACUUACACUGCUGCAUUCUUGGGGUUAACUCUGUUGUGCUAGCAAAUUAUUGUCCUGCGGAGUACGGAGUGUGUCAAUUUUCCCUUUGAUUUUGGUAUAAUUACGUAACAGGAGGUUAAUACAGAGGUGAAAGAACAAAGGAGCGUUGAGAGAGAGAUUGAUUUGUGUUCAUAGAUGUUGGAUUCAGAAUUCAAACUGAUAUCCACGUGCUCUGACUAUUUAAUAUGUGCAGUAGGAAUCUGUCCCUAUUUCAUGAACAAAUGAAUAAGAGACGUACUAGAUGCCCGUGAAAGUAUUCAGGUACAAGGAAGGAUUUUGAAUGAUUUUUAAGAGAGUAUUGAAUUCUGUUAUGGGCGCCAAGGACUGUCUAUCUAUGACGAGAAGGAUGUCAUCUGAAGAGAAAAAGUUAAUGCCCAACGGUACAAAGGAACUGCCCUACCAGCAACAUGGGUCUAACACUCGCGACGAGUAACACAACUGUUAAUCACGUAUAAUAGUUUUGCUUUCCUUGUAGAACUUAAUUGAAGGAAAGAACAAAGAAAGAUUUGGAAGAAGAUACUAUAUAUUUCAUACAUGGAGGAAGCACUUCAGCAGUAGUAGCAGCGAUAUGGAUAUUGGGACUUAAUUGAAG